AUGAGUGUCAAAGUAGGUCAUAAAAGCAAGCUAUCAGAUCUUUUACAUUACAGAAUCCGAGUGCUAACGAAUGAUGGUAAAGCCUUUGUAGGAGAACUUAUGGCAUUCGAUUCGCACAUGAAUUUGGUGAUGGGUGACUGCGUGGAACUGAGGAUUCCAGCAACGCAAAUGGCCCAACUCAAGGCGAAAAACAAGGAUCCCAAUGCAAAACCAAAGGUAGAAACACGCACGCUGGGUCUGGUCGUGCUUCGAGGCGAACAAGUGCUCACAACGGUGGUGGAAAGUGGACCGGCGAUGAGCAAACGAGAAAGAGCAGUGGCUCAGGAACGGAAAGCUGCACAGCUCAAAAAACAAAAACAUAAGGGCAAAGGUGUGGUGAAACCGGCUUCCAAGAACGUCACACCGUCCGCAGCGGGUGCGAAACCGGCCAUAGGGUUCCAAAAGGGCUCACAACCUGCGGCUCGUCCGUUCCAGCCUCCACCCGGGUUCAAAAGAAGGUGA